CCUGACCGAGCGGUGGUGCUGCAGCGCAAAAUUGGCAGUGAAGACUUUAAAACCGGAAUGAAGCAGAUUUCAAAAUACAAACCUCUUCAAGAAAAUGGCGGAAGUCGUGGAACUGCAUAAACUCAAGUUGGCUGAGCUGAAGCAAGAAUGUUCUGCUCGUGGGCUGGAUGCCAAAGGAAAUAAGGCCGAUUUGAUUGCCCGGCUACAGGCUUACCUGGAAGAGCAUGAGGAAGUAAAUGAAGAGGAAGUUCUGGAGGAAUAUGGUGAGGAGGCCUUUGCCAAAGAAGAGGCAUCUCCCCAAAAGCAAGACUGUACUCCACCCGAAGUGGUGACUGAGAAGAAACUGGUCAAGAUAAGCCCUCCUGCUACAGCUGGUGAGAGGCUUCAGCAAAGAGCAGAACGCUUCAAUCUUCCACCAAGUACGGACACCAAAAAGGCAGCACGAGCAGCAAGGUUUGGUUUGCAAGGAACUGAAUCUGUGACUUCCAAAGGAACUUCAGCGAAAAUUAAUGUUGACGUUGAGGUAUUAAAGAAGAGGGCAGAACGUUUUGGCAUGAAUGUGUCCUCAGUUUCUAAAAAGAUUGAGGAUGAUGAAAAGCUUAAGAAAAGGAAGGAGAGAUUUGGCAUUGUCACAAGUGCAGCCUCUGCUGGAGCCAAUGAUACAGAGGCAAAGAAGCGAAAACGUGCCGAGCGGUUUGGAAAUGUAUAAAAAAAAAAAUGGAUCUUACCUUUUUAUACUUUAUUACCUUUUUUUUUUUUUUUUUUUUUUUUUUUUUAAAGUUGUCUGUGAGGUUUGUUUUGUGCUAAACUUGUAAUCCCUUUAGUGCCAUGGUUGUUUAUCUGGUAUUUACAUUAAAAGUACCCCAAUUCCUUAA